UUCCUCUCCUGUAAGUGUGUGUUUGAGUGAAAGGGGGACCAGGGGCUAUGGGAAGAUGGAUACUGUUAGAGAGGCAUAUUAAGUCAUAUUAGACUUUUUAAAAAGGAGGAAAUUGCAGGAAGACCAAACUUGAAAAUUGAGUUUGGCAAGAUUCAGAAGAUUCUGUGUGAAGUGGCUGACUGUUUUGGUAGGGAGACAGGGAGACCAAAGGAGGAGGAGGAGGAGGAGGAGGAGGCCUGGGGAGGGGGGGUCUGCAGGGACAAAGAGAAGCAAGCCAAGGUGUAUUGAGUCUCAGUCAUGACCACAGCUCAAUGCCGGUAGCUACGACAAGGGAGCAGACCGAGUGAGGAGCCGUCAAGGGACACAGGAUGGUGAGGUGUUGGAAACAUUCAGAAACCCGUUUGGAGGAAGCACAGUGCACGGAUGGGGGCUCUGCUGCGUCCUCCCAGUCCCACUUCCCACACAAGGCAUUCUGGGUCAGCCUCUCCGCCUCUCUGCUCCUGGUCAUCAUUGGCCUCGGUUUGACGGGGAACCUGGGGCUGUCGCAGCCUCACUCUGAGUCUUCACAGAUUGUCCGAAUCACCGUUCCAGAUCAGACCGGGGUUCUGAUUAACCAGUCCGCCGUCGUGGACCAGCAGAAUGACCUGGUGACUUUUUCCGUCACCUCACCUGCAAAUCAGACGUCCACUGUGCUCUUCGAUGUCAAACGCGUACGUCCAGGGGAUAUGCACCAGAUUGGUUUGAUAUGUUACAAGCCUGUCGACCAGGACAGCUGCUUCCUGCGAAAGAUGGAGAAGUCUGACUACGACAACGUGCAGUCCCUCCUCCACGAGUCGACACACAAGCAGAGUCAGUUCCAGCUGUCGGGGAAUGAGACCCGGAGGCAGACGGAGUACCUGGGAGUGCUGGCAGCCAGUCAGGUGGACCUGGCCACGCUGGACGAGCCUCUCCAGGCUCUGUGUCAGGACAGCUCCAUCCACUGGACCCGGAGGGUCGAGGGCCCGGGGAAACAGAGGCUGGUCUACUUCUGCAUCGACAUCUGCUUUCCCAGCAAUAUCUGCGUGUCGGUGUGCUUCUACUACCUGCCAGAGUGACUGUGUAUUCUCUUCAUCUCCCUCCCAGCAUAAGAUCAGGGAAACAAAGUUGUCUUUUAAGCUCCCUCUACAAGAAAAAAAAAUAGAAAAAGAUAGCAGAACAAAAGCCAGCUUUGACCGUUUCCUCUGUGCCAUACAGCUGCCAGUAAACCAGUGAAGCAGCCAACCCUUCCAGUCCAUUUCCAGAGAGAAGAGAUGGAGACAGGCUGUCAUGGUUAUUGCCAAAGCCCCAUCGUCACUCUCUUCAUCUGUAAUACCCUCUCUGGUGGACACUUCAGAGAUUACAGAAGAAAGAUCCGCUUUUUCUUUUUUUUUUGGGGUGUAUGUGCCUCCAAUUGUAUUUCCUGUAACCCGCUGCUGCAGUAUAAUUAUGUGUAACCGUUCCAGUCGCAACAAGAGUGUUUUGAUCCGUCUAAUAAAAGACUGUUGUGUA